GAAAUCUGUGACGUAACUGAUCCUUUUGUCCAUAAACCCAUCAACCUUGUUCAGACAACUUCAUCCCACCAUAACCUUGUUCAAAACUAAUGGCGUCAGUAGCUCCAUUCAAAUCCCAGUUUCUGGUUAAUCCAUUGAAACAACCCCAGCUCGCAGCAGCACCUACUAACUUAUCUCUGCUUCCGCCAUCAGGUCGCCGCCUUCGCCAUAGAAAUCGUGGAGCAGGGGCUAAACAUGGUGCCUUCAGAGUCAAAGCUGCUAAGCUCCCUGCUGGUGUGGUGCUGCCGAAAGUAGAACCUAAGUUCAAGCCCCCAUUUCUCGGGUUCACCAAGAUUGCUGAAAUUUGGAACUCGAGAGCAUGCAUGAUUGGCCUCAUUGGAACGUUCAUUGUUGAACUUAUAUUGAACAAAGGGAUACUACAACUUAUAGGCAUUGAGAUCGGAAAAGGGCUUGAUAUUCCACUCUGAAGACAGAAUUUCAUGUAUCAUUCAGUUGCUGUACCUGUAACACUGUAUAUUUUCAUUUACCAAAUCUUGCAUGCUUUUUAAUCGCUUCAGAAGUCUCUUCAUGUAGCGUCUGCUAGAGAUCACACUGGAUAUAAAUGCUCUAAAGUCGAGCAACAAGCAUAUUGUGAUGUACCCAAGCCAGUAUGCCAAGUUGUAAUCAAUCGAUCUCCAGAAUCAGGCAUAUUAUUGCCCAAUCUGAUAGCAUCAUAUCUUCGGCAUA